AUGUGGGCGGACUACAGAAAAUGGGAGAACGAACUGUCGUCUCCCAAUGCCGCAAGUAAAUUUAUAGCCGAUCUUUCGACUGCGUACAUGGAGGUGCGGCCCUGGAAUACAGAAUGGCACAAUGCUACUGAAAGUCUGCUCCGAAGAAAGCUCUUUCCUUGCUCGCCACAUGAUGAUCAAGCUGGUGUGGUGAAGCACCAACAGUCUUUAUGGUUUCGUUGGAUAGACUUGGAGAAACAAAACAAGCUUAAUUUGCCUGAUCCGGCACUCCGUUAUCGUGUAGAAUACGUGUACAGGCGUGCUAUUUCUUUGCUUCCGUUUGUUCCAGAGAUUUGGUUUCGUUUGGGCCAGUAUCUUCAAUUGAUUGAUGAAGAUAACAACAAAUCAGCAUGUAUUAAUCUUUUUGCGGACGGAUUAGCCUUAAACCCAACUAGCUAUCUAUUGGCUUUCCAAUUGUCCGAACUAUACGAAAAGGAAGGAGACUUUGUCAAAGCUCGGACAGUAUACGAUGAUAUAAUUUCUCUUCUUUCAAAAAAGCACGAAGGUGUUCGGACUAAAAUUGAUGAACUCAUAGCGGAUGCCGCAGAGAAAGCUAAGCCAGUCAAAAAGCAGGUCAACGAAAAUGGCUACAACAGCAACGACGAUGAGGACGAAGAAGCCCCUGCUCCUGUUGUAAUAUACACAGAAGCUCAAGCAGCGGAACUAGAAAAAUAUGAAACAAAGCUAGCAGACCUUGCGAAGUGCGUGACGCUCUUGUACAUCAAAUUAAUGUCUUUAUGUAAAAGGUCCCAGGGAAUCAAGGAAAUCCGUGCAGUCUUCAAACAGAGGAAGAACUUCAAAGCGAUGGGAUAUCAAUUCUAUGUGGUGAAUGCCUUGCAUGAAUACUACUCAGACAACAAAAAGACUGCCGACAAGGUAUUUGACUUGGCCAUGAAAUCAUUCAGCAAAGACGGUGGGUUCCUCUAUGCAUAUCUUGACUACCUUAUUCUCUCAAAUUCUAUUGAGAGUCUCAAGGUGGUUUUCGAGGUCGCUGUCACCUCUUUGUUGAAAGAAAUAGCCAGCGAUAAAGAGACUUUGGAGAUUGCGACCAACAACAUUGUUUUGCAUCGAACCAGUGCAAAGAGUCUCAAAAAGAGUCAGUUCUACACCAAAAAAAUCAUCAAGAGGUACAUAAAUUUUGCAUCUUCGUAUCUUGACCUAGAUACUGUCACCUCUUUGAGCAAGCGCUUCUGCCAGUAUUUCCCGGAAACCGACGGAUUGGCUCUCUUUUCUAGUCGCUACACGCUUGGCUCUUAUAAUGCAAUUGCCGAGUAUGAUUUGGCAAAUGCUCACAAUCUAGAAAGCGAUUUAGAAGAUCUCGAUGACCUUGAUGAGCAACGUCCUAAACGCAGAAGAUUAGCUGAACCUGCGGAAGCAAACAACACCUCGACAUCCAGUGGUCGCACCGAUACUCAUAAAUCACUUCCUCCAACACCUUCCAUGGCUGUGGCGCAACAAACUCAACAACAACUGCAUGGGUUUGUCGGUAAUGAGAUUUACAAUUUGCUACAAGGCUUACCCAACGCAGGUUGUUUUGGACCCAAAAACGAGCAUCUAUUCAAUAGCGCCAAACUUGUCGAACUAUUUACACAUGUCGUUCUUCCUGGAGAACAAUAG